AUGUCGCCGGAGUAUUGUCGCUUGGUAAUCGAGUCAACAACCAAUGAAUUUGUGGUCUUCGAAAUGGUUCAAAAUUUUGUUUCAAACAUCUUCCGACAAUGGGUCCUGCUCGAAGCUCCUCUUGUUCGACAGUGUUUUGAAUAUUUCUUUUCUGGAGCUGUACGCCAUUUCAGGGGUUCAAAGCUACUUCGCACGGAAAUGUUACGGGCCUGCGCGAAACUCCUCAAACGAUCAAUUUUUGAUUCGAAAGCAUGCGAUGCAACUACGCUGGAUCAGACAGUUCACUUCUUAAUUGCAAAUGAAGAUCCAGACCUUGUAAGUGUUAUCUUCCUGAAUCUUCUAAAGCUGUUGGAUCAUCUGGAUUUGGGUAUUUUUGCGUCCGGAUUUCGUUACGCUUGA